GGUCAUUCUCAUGUCAUCACGCAGUACAGGAGUUAAAAUUAAAGUUCUAAAUAAACUAUAAAGUAGUUUUUGCGACAUAACUUUCCUGCCUAAAAAUUUUUUUUCACACGGGUGAUUUGUUGUCAAUUCAUUAUUAUAAUCGGACUUAAAAAUAAUGUUAAGAGGAGAAAGUACAAACAAUUCUGAUUCAGACCAAGAUAGUGAAAGAGUGGUCAUCAAGAAUGAGUUAUCAACUUUAUCAUUUGAAGAUCUUCAGAAACUCAAAGAAAAAAUUGGUGCUAAAGUUUACACAGAAGUAGUUUUUGGUAAAAAACAAGCUAUGAGCUAUAAACCAAAAGUUUUCAAGAGGGAUAAUAAAAAUAGGCCUCGGGAAGUGAGCUCUAAGAAACCUGUACCUAUAUUGGGAGACGUUAUUCCCGUAAAGAAGCAAGAGAUCAGGGAUCCAAGGUUUGAUCCACUAUGUGGUACUUUUGAUAAGAAAGAAUUUGCCGAGAACUAUAGUUUUCUAUCCAAAGCCCGUUUAAAUGACAUUAGAUUGAUAAAAAAGGAGUUAAAACAAACAACAGAUCCUGAGUUGGAGCAAAAUCUACGCCGCUUGCUGCAGCGUCUCAACGACAAGGAAAAGUCUAACAAGAGAAAGAAAUUAGAAAGGGAGAAAAAGGAGAAGCAAAAGGCAGAGGUUGAAGCAGAGUUUAGUCAAGGAAAACAGCCUUACUUCAAAAAUAAAUCGGAGGUACGGGUAGAGUCUCUCGUAAAACAAUACGAAGAAUUGAAGAAACAAGGUACUGGCCGUAUCCAGAGGCAUCUGAAGCGUCGACAGCAGAAGGUUAAAAAGCGAUCCUUUAAAACACCUUUAACUGAUGAAUAAACUGUUAAUUAAGUUA